UGUCUUUCGGGCUGCCAUUUUGAAGAAGCUUUCCACUGGAGGGCUUCGCGUAGCUUGUUGUUUUUCGUGUCCGUCAUCAUCAGAACCGAAAAAAACGACCAAAAACGAAGUACCGAGUGUGUAAACCGAACAAAACCGCUGGACGCGAAAUAAUGGGCCCGCCGCCGGGAGACAGACUGCGCCGCACGUCGACUGAAAGAACGGGGGACUCCAGCUGGACCGUCGAUUUAUCUUGACAUGGCAUGCGGCAGCAGUUAGGGCGAGGACGGACGAAAAGACCGACCGACGGACGCAGGAAAAGAUUCCCAGCCGCUAAACUUACCAGCUUUUAAAAGACGCGAAACGGAACGAAAGGUUGCGUUAGUUUACCGAGUCAAACAAAUAAGCCCUGCCGAGUUGUUGACGCGUGCUUAACUUGACUUAGCAAACAAAAUGUCGAGCUCACGCGCUAGCUGUCUGUUAGCAUUUUAGCAUCGCGCAGCACUGGCGAGGACAUGUAAAGAAAGAUGAUUGAGUCGUAACCGGGAAGAUUCCUCCUUUCUAAAAGAGAAAAGAAGUCACUCCAGCCGUUAAGGAGAUAAAAUGUAGCUUCGAUAGCUGUUUAGUCAACACUUAGCCCACUAGCUCGACUUAGCUCGAGUGCUAAAAGUCCACCAUGAGCAGCACUACUACCAGCAGGAGCAAGUAGGCCGCGAGCCAAAAAAAGCGGCGAGGAAAAUGUCAAACAGCCUUCGUCGACUUCUUCCAUGUGUGCCAACGUCUCCCCGCCAUGCUCGUCCGUAUUCCCGGUCCAACACACUCAGCCAUGGAUGAGGGAUUGUGAAACCACCCCCGAAUUUUAGCCUGCUACUCCAUUUCACCUAGCGCCGUUAUGGGUCUCUACUGUAGGAAGUAAUACUACUAACAACAGUCAGCCACAUUUUUGCUCUCGUUUUUAUUUACAAAUCCGCGUAAAAAACCUGUAGACGGGCAGGAUCGGCGUCUUAAAACGAUGGAUUUUUGAACAACUAACCAGGAGAUGUAGUUUUACCAUAAACCUCCCUGCCCACCGCCUUGCGAAGAGCGCGUCAAAAUGACUUGAUAUCUUGUUUGGUUAGAAGACCUGUUUCAGUUUGUAGUUUUAGAGUGGUUAGUUCACAAACUCGGUUAGCGCUUCGUCUAUAAGCGCAGCCGAAAGGAAAAAAUUUAGUAGUAUAAGCGAGUGAGUCGUCAAGAAAAGUUGACAUAAUCGCACGUGACCAUGGGGGAUCCGACCACGCGACGAAACCAAACCAGAAAUCGUCUCCGCGCUCAGCUGCGGAAGAAACGGGAAUCGUUGGCCGAUCAGUUCGAUUUCAAGAUUUACGUCGCCUUUGUUUUCAAGGAUAAGAAAAAGAAGUCUGCACUUUUCGAGGUCGCCGAAGUGGUGCCGGUGAUGACCAACAACUACGAGGAGGAUAUUCUGCGAGGCGUACGGGAUUCCCGCUACUCCCUGGAGAGCUCCAUAGAGCUCCUGCACAAGGACGUGGUGCAGCUCCACGCGCCCAGAUACCAGUCCAUGCGAAGGGACGUGAUAGGCUGCACGCAGGAGAUGGACUUCAUCCUUUGGCCGCGAAAUGACAUCGAGAAGAUCGUCUGUCUGCUCUUUUCCAGGUGGAAGGGAGCCGACGACGAGCCGUUCAGGCCAAUUCAGGCCAAGUUUGAGUUCCAGCACGGUGACUACGAGAAGCAGUGUUUGCACGCGCUCACUCGCAAGGACAAAGCCGGAACGAUCAUGAACAACCCCGCGCAGUCAGUGUUCCUCUUCAUGGAUCGACACCACCUACAGACUCUGAAAAGCAAGGCGACUGUACUGAAGCUGUGCAGCCUGUGCUUGCACCUCCCACAAGACCAGCUGACCUGCUGGGGCGUGGGCGACAUCGAGGACCACCUCAGACCUUACAUGCCCGACUAGGCUUCUUCCCAAAGGAGGGGCGGCACCCUCAACUCCCCUAGUCCCGCCCCUUCCUUCAUCCCUACCUCCCCUCCCUCUCAGAAGCCAUUUUGAUGUUGUCAUUCUUCCCCUCUUCUUCCUCCCUCUUCUCUCUCCCUCACUCCUCCCCCGCUCAGUCAUCCUUUUUUGUUUUGCGUCAACCUGCACGAACAUUGAUUUGGAGCGAUCGGUCGCUACGGCGACAGGCAGGAACUCUUCUGUUAUUUUGGAAGAGAGAGAGCGAGAGAGAUAAAACACGGACAUGUCGUUUAAUCCUUGUCACAGGAGAAGAGGUGUUGUUUUUUGUUGAUUUGUCGUUUCCGGGGAAAACAACUUUCGGGUGUGAAACAAUUGUAAUUACACCACGAACAAUAUGACCUUCAAUCAUACGUGUCGUUAGCGCUGCUUUUCUGGACUCGAGAGUUAAUUUUUUUUGUUUUGGUUUGUGUUGUGCUUGAAUCACUACUGAUGUUUUCAUUUGGGAUGCGGGCUGGUUAAUGAUGAGAAUAACAAUGCACCUAACAAAAGCAAACUAACAUUUUUUUUUUUUUUGAUUGGAUAAAAUUGCUUGUCAAAGAUUUUUUUUUUUCAUGUUCAUGGCUCAAAAAGUGUCCAAUUGAAGCUUUGAGGCUUUAUUUUGCUCAUUUUUGUUCUGUUGAUCAAUACUGCUGAGCAUAUAUCAAUACAAAUUCUCAAUGCA